AUGUAUUCCAGAGCAGGGACCGGAUACGGACGGCAUCGUGAUAUCGAAGCACUUACGGAUAAUAUAGGACAUCUGAGUUUUGAUGCUUCUCUAGAAACGCCCUCCAAGUUUGACUUCGAACCAAGCACACCGUCUAGACAUCGUGGCGAAUAUGGAACUCCUUCGCCCACGAAAUCUGUGAACGGAGCAAACACCUCUCGAGUAUCGAUGAUGGAUGUAGACGAAGGAGUUUCGAGUGCUCAGGUUGAUUACACGCAAUCUCCCAAAAAAUUACCCUUGGACUUCCAUCGCAAGGCUUCGUCCAAUAAUACUAAACGAUUGGUAAACGUCUGUCAGAUGUAUUUCUUGGAUUACUAUUGUGACAUGUUCGACUACGUGAUCAGCAGAAGAGAGCGUGCUAGACAGGUUAUGAAAUAUCUGGAGCAGCAAAGAGUCCAGGGCACAGAUGGUGGGGAAUUGACCAAGGAAUGGUAUUCUUAUGUGCAAAAAGAGACAGGAAUUUUAAGAAAUAGAAGAUUGAAGCCCAAGAAUAAGGAUUUUGAGAUGAUAACACAAGUUGGCCAGGGUGGGUAUGGCCAGGUGUACUUGGCCAGAAAGCGUGAUACCCGGGAGAUCUGUGCCUUGAAGAUUCUGAAUAAAAAAUUGCUUGUUAAGCUCAACGAAACAAAUCAUGUCUUGACCGAGAGAGAUAUUUUGACCACAACUAGAUCUGAAUGGCUUGUUAAGCUACUGUAUGCUUUUCAAGAUCCAGCAAGCCUUUAUUUGGCAAUGGAAUUUGUUCCUGGAGGAGAUUACCGGACUUUGCUAAUAAACACAAGGUUUUUGCAAGCGCCCCACGCCAGGUUCUAUAUCAGCGAGAUGUUUUGCGCUGUAGAUGCUUUGCAUCAGCUGGGCUACACUCAUAGGGAUCUAAAACCAGAAAACUUUUUGAUUGACUCUCGAGGGCACAUCAAACUGACGGAUUUCGGUUUAGCCGCAGGAACUGUGUCAAUGGAGAGGAUCGAGAGUAUGAAAAUCAGGUUAGAAGAGGUCAAGACCCUAGACUUCCCAAAGUUUGAGGAAAAGUCCAUGAAUGAUCGGAGGCAAAUGUACAAGAAAUUGAGAGCAGAGGACGUCAACUAUGCCUCGUCGACGGUCGGCUCACCGGACUACAUGGCAUUGGAGGUUCUUGAGGCCAAAAACUAUGACUUUACGGUUGAUUAUUGGUCUCUUGGUUGCAUUUUAUUUGAAAGUCUGGUUGGUUACACUCCUUUCAGCGGUUCGUCAUCCAACCAAACUUACGAAAACUUGAGAUGCUGGAAACAGGUAUUGAAAAGACCCAGAUGCGACAACGGCCGCUACGCUUUUUCAGAUAGGACGUGGGAUCUAAUCAUCAGACUCAUUGCAGACCCGAUCAGUAGGCUCCGGUCUUUCGAGCAUGUGAAGAGAAUGAAGUAUUUCGCCGAAAUGAGUUUUGAGAAUCUCAGAAACAUCAGUCCACCGUUUAUUCCUCAGCUCGACAACGAAACAGAUGCUGGUUAUUUUGACGAUUUCAGCAGUGAGGCCGACAUGGCCAAAUACGCAGACGUCUUCAAGCGCCAAGAUAAAUUGACUGCCAUGAUGGAUGAUUCAGAUGUGGUUUCGAAACUGGUCGGGUUCACGUACAGGCAUAAGAAGAGUAAAAACGGCUCUACGGGCAUUAUAUAUGGUGGUUCUGAGCAGGCUGAUCCCUUUGCCACUUUUUACUAA